AUCUACCAAUUUAAUCUGAAAAGUAGAUUUGAUCGAAGAUGGGAAAAUUCACGGUCUUAAAUAUGAUUUUUCUUAUGAUGUUUAGUGGGUGGUUAAUGGUUUGGAUUUUGUUACCUACAAAAUCCUACCAACUCAAGUGGGCACCUAAACUGAAAAGCCAACUUAACUCAACAACAUACUUCAGAGAACAAGGGACAAAUAUUCUGCUUUUUUCAUUCCCAAUAAUGUUCGUAGCAGCAUUGAGCUGUGUUUAUCUCCAUCUCCACAAGAAAUCACCAAUGGAUCAGAUUGGUCGUCGUUUGGCCUCGUGGAGAAGUCCAGUGAGUGUUAAAGCACCUCUGGGUAUUGUUAGCUCAGUAGAGCUAUCUUUCGCAUUCAUGUUUGUUGUUCUCCUAGUAUGGACUUUUACCACUUAUUUAUAUGUCAGCUUCAAUGGCCACCUCAACAUACGUCCAGGAGAAGAAAUAUGGCAUGCAAAACUGAGGAGUGUAUCCUUGAGACUUGCAUAUAUGGGAAAUAUAUGCUGGGCAUUUCUUUUCUUUCCAGUAACAAGAAGCUCUUCACUUCUGCCUCUUGUUGGACUUACAUCAGAGUCUAGUAUUAAGUAUCACAUCUGGCUUGGUCAUCUAUCCACGGUUUUAUUUGCUGGCCAUACAUUAGGAGUCUUAACUUCCUGGAUCACAACCAAUCAAAUGUUCAAGGCACUAGAAUGGAGCAAAGUUCAUGUAUCAAAUGUAGCAGGAGAGAUCGCAAUAGUAGUGGCUUUAGUGAUGUGGAUGGCCAGUGUGAGUAGAGUAAGAAGAAAGAUGUUUGAAGUGUUUUUCUACACUCACCAACUCUACACAGUUUAUAUCAUUUUCUACGUACUUCACGUUGGAGCAGCUUACUUUUGCAUGAUUCUUCCUGGGAUAUUCCUUUUCCUAAUUGAUCGAUACUUGAGAUUCUUACAGUCCAGAGACAAAGUUAGAUUACUCUCCUCUCGUAUUUUGCCAGGUGGUAACUUUGAAAUGACUUUUGCCAAAACCCCAGGAUUGCAAUAUAAUCCGACGAGUAUUUUGUUUGUAAACGUGCCAUCGAUCUCGAAACUGCAAUGGCAUCCUUUUACAAUAUCUUCCAACAGUAACAUGGAUUCAGAUAAGCUUAGUGUUAUGGUCAGAGUAGAAGGAAGUUGGACUAAGAAGCUCCACAAAAAAGUUUGUUCUCCUGUGCAUAAUAAGCACUUAGAUGUUUCCGUUGAAGGACCAUAUGGGCCAUCCUCCUUUUCCUUUCUGAGUCACGAGGCUCUGAUUAUGGUGAGUGGUGGAAGUGGGAUCACUCCUUUCAUAUCUAUAAUCCGAGAGAUUAUGUAUCAAAGCACAAUACCCAACUCUCAUGUUCCUCGAGUUGUUCUUGUUUGUGCCUUCAAAACUUCAGCUGAUUUGGCCAUGUUAGACCUCUUGCUUUCCAUCGCAGGCUCACACGCCCAACAAAUUACCGAAAUACAACUCAAAAUAGAAGCCUAUGUGACCCAAGAGAGCAGGCAAACCACAGAAAACCAAAACAUUAUACGAACUUCAUUCUUUAAGCCCAACCCAACGGACAAGCCCAUUUCUGCAACUCUAGGCCCAAACAGCUGGCUUUGGUUGGGUGCAAUAAUCUCCUCUUCUUUUGUUUUGUUCCUGCUAUUGUUGGGUUUGGUAACUCGUUACUAUAUUUACCCUAUGGAUAACUCUGGAGGGUAUUAUCACUACUCUUACAAAUGUCUUUGGGUCAUGUUUUUGGUGUGUGCCUGUGUCUAUUUGGCUUCAAGUGUGGCUUUUGUUUUGUCUAAGAGUUUCAAUGGGAAUAUUAGUAAGAAAAUUCAGCAUGUAGAUAUGGAAACAUCAACUUUGUCUCCUCCAGCAUGGUGUUAUGUUGGAGAUGAUUAUAGAGAGGUAGAAAGUCUUCCCGUUCAAUCCUUGGUACAAGCUAUAAAUGUCCAUUUUGGUGUCAGGCCUGAUCUCAAGAAAAUUUUGUUCGAGUCAAAAGCUUCUGAUGUUGGAGUUCUUGUUUGUGGGCCAAGAAAAAUGAGACAUGAGGUUGCUAAAAUUUGUGCCUCUGGUUUGGCAGAUAAUCUACACUUUGAGUCUAUUAGUUUCAAUUGUUACAUAGAAACUUUGCCAGAUAUUAUAUUUAGUGACGGAUCAAGAAUGGAGAAAGAAACUGAUUCAUCCCAAGGAAUGAAGAAGCUCCAAUCAGCUAUUCUGUUAACUAUGGUGAUGGUUUUUGUUGGGUAUAUUUUGAUUUUGCUCAUAUUGCCCACCAAUACCUUCUAUCUCCAUUGGAUGCCAGACAUUCAUGCUAAAACUGAUUCAACUUUUUUUGGUUUACAAGGGGCAAACAUUCUUAUAUACUCAUCUCCCGUACUUCUCAUAGCCACUUUGAGCUGUUUAUAUCUUCAUAUAAGAAAGAAAAUGGCUCAUAAUAACACAGAAAGUAUCAUGGAAAAUGUAUAUUGGAUGUCAUGGAUGAGACCUGUGCUAGUGAAAGGGCCACUGGGAAUAGUUUCUUGGAUGGAGUUGUACUUCUUAGCCAUGUUCAUUGGUCUACUUGUCUGGUCCAUGUACUCUUACUUACAUGGAAUGUUUAUCAAUGUCAACCAACAGGCAGCACAGAUGAAUGAGUCUCUGUGGGAAGCAAAGUUAGAAAGCACAGCUCUAAUGUUAGGUCUAGUUGGGAACAUUUGUCUAGCUUUUCUCUUUUUCCCUGUGACAAGAGGAUCUUCAAUUUUGCAGCUCAUUGGAAUUACAUCAGAGUCAAGCAUUAAAUAUCACAUAUGGCUGGGGCACAUGGCCAUGACCCUUUUCACAGCUCAUGGUUUAUGUUAUAUUCUCUUUUGGGCCAAGACAAACCAUGUUUCAGAAAUGAUGAAGUGGGCUACUGUUGGCAUAUCAAAUGUGGCUGGAGAAGUAGCUUUGGUGGCUGGACUAGUGAUGUGGGGAACAAGUUUUCCUACCAUAAGGCGAAAGAUUUUCGAGCUCUUCUUCUACACUCAUCAUCUCUAUGUUGUCUUUGUUGUAUUCUUUGUUCUACAUGUGGGGUUCUCCUAUGCUUGCAUAAUGCUCCCUGGCUUUUACCUCUUCUUGAUUGAUAGGUACUUGAGGUUCCUACAAUCCCAGCAAAAGAUUCGAGUUCUUUCAGCCCGAAUCUUACCUUGCCAAGCUGUUGAAUUGAAUUUCUCCAAGUGCCCAGGUUUGAGCUAUUCUCCAAGAAGCAUGAUUUUCCUAAAUGUACCCACAAUUUCUAAGCUCCAAUGGCAUCCAUUUACUGUUACUUCUAGCAGCAACUUGGAACCUCAUAAACUGAGUGUUGUUAUCAAAAGUGAAGGAAAAUGGUCUCAUAACUUGUACCAAAGUUUCUCAUCGCCUUCACAAAUGGAUCGUAUACAAGUCUCCAUUGAAGGACCUUAUGGACCAUCUUCAUUACAAUGUACAAGGCAUGAAACAGUUGUGAUGAUAAGUGGAGGAAGUGGAAUCACUCCAUUCAUCUCCAUUAUCCGCGAGCUCCUCUUCAUAGCCAACAAAGACAGCAGCAACACUCCAAGCAUAUUACUCAUUUGCGCCGUUAAGAACUACGUGGAUCUCACCAUGUUAGACCUUAUCAUCCCAUCAUCAGGCCUUAGUUACAACAUUUCUCGCUUAAAACUUCAAAUUGAAGCCUAUGUCACAAGACAGAAACAUCCCCCAACUGAGACUUCUCACAAGCUCCGCCCCCAAACUAUAGUUUGGUUUAAACCAGAGUCGUUUGAUUUGCCUGUUUAUGAAAUUUUGGGACAGAACAGUUGGUUGUGGCUUGCAUUGAUUGUUUCAGCUUCUUUCCUCACUUACCUUAUGCUCAUGGGAAUCCUUACACGAUAUUAUAUAUACCCGAUUGACCAUAACUCUGAUAUGAUGUACUCUUUCACUUCAAAAUCUUUUCUCAACAUGUUAUUCUUGUCCAUCUCCAUAGUCAUAAUUGCAUCCUUGGGCUUUCUUUGGAACAAGAAACAAGGGAAUAACGCAAGGCCAAGCACUUUGAGCAAUAAUGCUGGUGAUGAGAGGGAGUUGGAAAGCCUCCCUUACCAGUCUUUGGUCGAAGCCACAACAGUGCACCAUGGAACCAGACCUAAUCUCAAAAGAAUUUUGAGAGAGCUGAAAAGCUCAAAUGUUGGGGUUCUGGUGAGUGGGCCAAGGACGAUGAGGCAGGAAGUGGCUGCAAUAUGUUCUUCGGGUUCGGCCAAUAAUCUACAUUUCCAGUCUUCAAGUUUCAGCUGGUGAAGACUAGUUAUUAUUAUUAUUAUAAUACUUGGUUGAUCAAUGUAUUAAUUAUAUAGAUGCAAAUAAUUUUAAAGAA